UCCGUGUUGGCAGGCCUUUCGACGGGAAUCUCCACUUACCCUAAACUUCCCUAGUCUAUUACCCCUAACGCCUGUUCACCCCCGAGCAGUCCCGUCAAUCCUUCAACCACAUCAAUUCUGGUUGAACGCAUCCUCAUCACAUACACAUAUACCUCGCCUUAAUCGUCGGAUUCGUCCCCUACCGUCAUCAUGGGUUGCGGAAUGAGCACAGAGGAGAAGGAGGGAAAGCAAAGAAAUGAGGAGAUCGAGAAUCAGCUCAAGCGCGACAAGAUGCUUCAGCGCAAUGAGAUCAAGAUGUUGCUUCUCGGUGCUGGUGAAUCUGGAAAGUCCACCAUUCUCAAGCAGAUGAAGCUCAUCCACGAGGGUGGCUACUCACGCGACGAGAGGGAGUCGUUCAAGGAGAUCAUCUUCAGCAACACCGUCCAGUCGAUGCGCGUCAUCCUCGAGGCCAUGGAGUCGCUCGAGCUCCCUCUCGACGACCAGCGCGCCGAGUACCACGUCCAGACCAUCUUCAUGCAGCCUGCCCAGAUUGAGGGCGACAGCCUACCCCCGGAGGUUGGCAACGCCAUCUCCGUCCUGUGGAAGGAUGCCGGUGUCCAGCAGUGUUUCCAGCGAUCGCGCGAGUACCAGCUUAACGACUCCGCCAAAUACUACUUCGACUCCAUUGACCGCAUUGCCGCACCCGACUACAUCCCCAACGAUCAGGAUGUCCUCCGCUCGCGUGUGAAGACCACCGGUAUCACCGAGACCACUUUCAUCAUCGGAGACCUCACAUAUCGCAUGUUCGAUGUCGGUGGCCAGCGAUCAGAACGUAAGAAGUGGAUACACUGCUUCGAGAACGUCACCACCAUCCUUUUCCUUGUCGCCAUCUCGGAGUACGACCAGCUCCUCUUCGAAGAUGAGACCGUCAACCGUAUGCAGGAGGCCUUGACCUUGUUCGACUCCAUCUGCAACUCCAGGUGGUUCGUCAAGACAUCCAUCAUCCUGUUUUUGAACAAGAUCGAUAGGUUUAAGGAGAAGCUUCCCGUGAGCCCCAUGAAGAACUACUUCCCCGACUACGAGGGUGGCCCAGACUACGCAGCCGCUUGCGACUACAUCCUCAACCGAUUCGUCUCGCUCAACCAACAUGAGACCAAGCAGAUCUACACUCAUUUCACAUGCGCCACAGAUACCAUGCAAAUUCGAUUCGUCAUGGCUGCUGUUAACGAUAUCAUCAUCCAAGAGAACCUUCGUCUGUGCGGUCUGAUAUAAAAGGAGAACCGAGCUUGGACGACAAAGAACCGUACCAAAGGGUUAUUGAGUCACGGGUUGCAUGUCAUGUCUUUGACGACGGCAUCUUCGCCAUGUUCAUACACGGCGUUGUGAAAAUGUUUUCCCUUUUAUUUCCUGCUUUCGCCAU